AUGCUGUCCACCCUGAGGAAGCUCUUCUGCUUUAAGAAGGAGCCGAAAACCCCCUUGGGGUUUUGUGAUGGCCCAAGCAGGGCAAAGGGAUACUUGUCCUGCUUUCACUGUGGAACUAAAGACAGGUACCGCCAGCCUUAUGACCCUGAAAACCAAUUUCAUGAGGCAGUAUGCAUGGGAAAGCUCAAAGUGGUGGUGCGACUCCUCAGGAAGAACCAAUUUCAUGUGAAUGAUGAGGAUGAAGGGAAACGAACUGCGCUCCACUUUGCAUGCUUCUAUGGCCAUAUCAAUCUGGUUUGUUUACUGUUAUUUAAGGACUGUGAGAUUAAUGCCCUUGACAAUCAAAUGUCCACACCACUAAUGAAGGCUGUACAAAGCUGGGAGACAGAGAUCGUGUCUGUCCUACUUGAUCAUGGAGCAGAUCCCAAUAUUAAAGAUUGCAAUGGAGAAGCAGCAAUCCACCAUGCAGUGUAUGUAGACAGGCCAGAUAUUGCCAGCAGUCUUCUUGAAUUUGGGGGAAACAUUGAAGAUACUACAAAGGAUGGGUUGACCCCUCUGCUGCUAGCACUCCGAGAAAGGAAACACCGCAUGGCAGCAUACCUAAUCACACACGGUGCGAAUCUUCACGUAUGUGAUAAAUAUCAAAGAACAACACUCAUGUAUGCAGUUAGAUGGGAUUGUGAAAAUAUUGUUGAAAUUUUACUGAAGAAAGGUGUUGAUCACCAGUUAAAGGACACAUUUGGAUGGAGUGCUCUUUAUUAUGCCAUUGUGGGGAAACGCAAAACAAAAAUGGUGAUUAUUCAGCACGACUUACUCCUCUCGAGACAAGAAAAUACCUUCACACGAAAUCAGCCUGAAGAUGUCUUUUUAUCGGGACAUCACUUUGAAUCUGAAUCACUGAUUUCCGUGUGUGCAACAAUGGAGGACACAGCUAAUUUGAAAACUCAGCAAGAUAUUCCUGAGAAUAGUCUGAAAAGUGGUGUGGAUGACUUACCAAUAGCUUCCAAACAAUAUGAAAAUGUAGAAGAACAAGAAGAAGAACUAGAAUUAGAAACAAUACCGGAUUUAAAACUGGAAAACGAAAAUGCUUAUAAUAAGAAUGAAGACUAUCAAAAGUUGAAAGCUGCCCAGUCAUCCAACAUAGGAAAUGGUCUAGAAGAAAAUGAAAUAAUUCAAGUUUGGGCUGAAAAAUGUCCACAUCCAGAGCUGAGGGAUGACUGUCAUCUAGUCUCCAGAUCCAAGCCUGAAACACAGCAGUCUCAAACAGUUUGGGCUGAAAAAUGUUCACACCCAGAGCAGAAGGAUUAUUCUCAUCGAAUUUCCAAACCCAAGUCUGAAACACAGCAAUCUCAAGCAGUGUGGGCUGAAAAAUGUCCUCACCCAGAGCUGAGGGAUUAUUCACGUCUAAUCUCCAAACCUGAGUCUCUACCACACCAAUCUCAACCAGAUAUAAUAUUUUCAGAAGAACUAGAAGAAGAAAUAACAGAAUUUAAAGUGGAAAAUGAGAGAAGUUUUGAUAAGCAUGCAGAAAAUCAAGAAUUU